AGAAGUUCUUUAUUGUUGUUAAAAGGGAAAACUUGUGGGAGAAAAAGCUUUUAUUCGUAUUGCUCCUGCUGUUUCUGGUGUGGCUGACCGGUCAACAGUGCAUAAUCUAUUCAAGGCUCUUGCUGGUGAUGAACAGGGCCUUUCUUUGGGUGUGUGGUUGACUUAUGUUGGUGAACUUCUCAAUGCAGGGUGCAUGAAGGACGGAAAUCUUAUCAAAUUCGUGAAUGUCCACAGCUUUCACCAGAGAGAAUAUUGUGUGUUGGUUCUAACAGGAAGCGGCCUGUUCUAAAAUGGGAGAACAACAUGGCAUGGCCAGGAAAACUUACUUUAACUGAUAAAGCACUCUAUUUUCAGGGCUUAGUAGGAAAGAAAGAAACUAUGAGAUUUGACCUUACGAGGCAUGAACUGCAAGUGGAAAAAGCUAAAGUAGGACCUUUUGGUUCUGUUCUUUUUGACUCUGCAGUCUCCAUUUCAUCUGGUCCUGGGUCAGACACAUGGGUGCUGGAAUUUGUUGACCUGGGGAUUGAGUUGAGACGAGAUGCUUGGCAUGCAUUUAUAAGUGAAGUUAUUGCUUUACAUAAGUUUGUUCGUGAAUAUGGACCAGAGGAUAAUGAUCCAUCAUUACUUCAUGUGUUUGGUGCCCACAAGGGGAAGGAAAAGGCUAGCAUAAGUGCGGUUAAUUCUAUUGCCCGACUUCAGACUCUUCAAUUUAUGCGGAAGUUUCCUGAUGAUCCAAUCAAACUUGUUCAGUUCUCAUAUUUGCAAAAUGCACCAUAUGGUGAUGUUGUGUGUCAGGCUUUAGCUGUAAGUUACUGGAGUGGACCCUUGAUCACAAAAGUUAAAGAGGCAGGAUAUCAAGCAUCCCAAGUGCUUAGGCCUUCAGAAGAAUUAUUUGAAAGCAGUGAUCACGUGUCUGAUGUUGAUGGCAGUGUUUACUUGCAGAAGUGGAUGAAGUCUCCAUCAUGGACUUCCAGUACAUCCAUUAAUUUCUGGAAGAACUGUUCCAUAAGACAAGGGAUAGUACUGAGCAAACAUCUUGUUGUGGCUGAUCUGACUAUUGUUGAAAGGGCAGCAGCUACAUGCGAACAAAAAUGCCUGGUGGUUGAAAAAACUCAAGCUACAAUUGAUGCUGCAAUGCUUAAAGGAAUACCGAGUAACAUUGACCUCUUGAAGGAACUCAUCCUUCCACUGACUGUAAUCGCCAGGAAUUUUGAAAAACUUAGGCGCUGGGAGGAGCCACAUUUAACUGUCUCAUUUCUUGCAUUUUCGUAUACCAUAAUUUUCAGAAAUCUUCUGCCAUAUAUGUUUCCAAUGGCAUUGAUGAUUUUGGCAGCUGGAAUGCUAACCCUAAAGGGGCUUAAGGAACAAGGGCGCCUUGGGAGAUCUUUUGGAAAAAUUACAAUCCGAGAUCAGCCACCUUCAAAUACUAUUCAAAAGAUAAUAGCUGUAAAAGAUGCCAUGCGGGAUGUGGAAAACUAUCUUCAGAAUCUGAAUGUCAUGCUUUUGAAAUUGCGAACGAUUAUUCUUUCAGGGCAUCCUCAGAUAACUAUGGAGGUUGCAAUUGUGCUGCUAUCUUUUGCAACUAUUCUCUUAAUUGUCCCUUUCAAGUAUGUUCUUGCAUUUCUUCUUUUUGAUCUCUUCACUCGGGAGCUUGAAUUCCGGAGAGAAAUGGUUAAAAAGUUCAUGACUUUUCUGAAGGAGCGUUGGGAGACAGUGCCUGCUGCCCCUGUAGUUGUAUUACCAUUUGAAAGCAAUGAUUCUAGGUCAUCAAAUCAAAGAAAUGAAAUAGACAAACCAGCAAUCAGAAGGAACUAACAGCAUUGACACUUGUAUCUGUAGGGUAUCUUUUUGAAUUAAGUAGGUGCUUUCUCUGUACACUUUAAAGUCACUGUACCUAAAUUUUUCCUGCUGUACAGAAGUUAGAGCACAGUGAGUAUGAUGAGAUUUAUUGGCUGUAGUAUGGAGUGGGAUGGUUCUAUAUAAAAUAGGUAUUGAGUGGGAUGGGUCCGUGGUGUUUUGUUGUAUAAAACUUUAAGGAAAUUGUGAGAUGUAUAUCCCAAAACAUAUUUACCAACAUGCUCAGGACGAGUUUGGUCAAGUGGCUGAAACCCAAUUGUAUAGCAUAUGUAUCCAAUUCUUUGGGACGUAAA